AUGGCAGUUGAAUUAAAAGGUGCAAAAGCAUUCCGUUAUCGUAUUGUUUUAUCUACUUUGCUUGGUCAAACUAUUAGGAUUACGUCUAUUCGUGAACAAGAUAGUAAUCCAGGAAUAAGAGAUUAUGAAGUAGAUUUUUUAAAAUUAAUAUCUGAAGUUACUAGUGGAGCACAAAUUGACAUAAACAAAGACGGUACUUCUAUUUUAUAUAAACCAGGGAUUGUGAAUGGUGGUAAUUUUCAACAUACAUGUAAUAAUGGAAGGUCAUUAGGUUAUUAUGUUGUCCCAUUAUUACUUAUUCUUCCUUUUGGUAAAGGAAGUACAACAGUUACAUUAAAUGGAAUUACAAAUGGAAAUGAUGACCUUUCAAUUGAUCUUAUUCGUUCAACAACAAUUCCUUUAAUACAAAAGUUUGGGAUAGAAGAGGAUAUGCUUAACGUUAAAGUUAUUAAACGAGGUGCUCCUCCAGUUGGAGAUGGUGAAGUUCUUAUUAAUUCUUCAAUUAUUAAACAAUUAAAUCCAAUUAAUUUAACAGAACAAGGGUUAGUACGUUCUAUUCGUGGUGUUGCAUAUUCAACAAAAACAUCACCCCAGAUGAGUAAUCGUAUGGGAGAAGCUUCAAAAGGUGUUUUAAGUCAAUACCUUCAAGAUGUAUAUAUUACUACAGAUCAUUGGAAAGGUAAAGAAGCUGGUACUUCUCCUGGAUAUGGUGUUAUAUUAACUGCUAGUACAACAAAUGGUAAUAUUAUUUCAACUGAAUUAUUUGGUGAAGCUGGUAAUGUUCCUGAAGAUAUUGGUCAGAAGGUAGCUUGUGGGUUAUUAAGAGAGAUUGAAACAGGAGGAUGUAUUG